UUAAAAAACUUACUGCCUGGGAAGUUUUUUAAAAAAAGAAAGAAAUGUACUGUAGUAAUAAUAGUUUGGGAGAGUAGGAAGAGCAGGGGGAGUCUGGAAUCUUCCCUAAAGAUAAUGUACUAACAAGGAUAUAUGAAAGUCAGAGCACAGCCUAUUAGCCUGAGUUUCAAUAAACCCCCGAAUUACACAGCAGCAGUCAACUCCAGAAAGUCUGACUGAAUGAGGCAAGUCCACCCAGCUGGCUAGUGAGCUAAUAAAACCCAGAGUCACUAGCAUCGCCUCCUGGGCAGGCUUCCCUCCCACACAGCCACUCUACUCAUCCCUCUCAUGAUUCUCCCAAGAGGAGAAACAGGUGCCUACACAGAUCACUAGACUAAGCUUCAGGGUGUAGAGAUUUCCAUCCACCGGGAGUCCUUCUUUACCUUCUGUUCUAUGUGUGAUCACUGAAGGGCUUCAAACAGUGAGACUGUGUGAUGAGCCUGGCAGGCCCACACUGGAGGCAGCACCCACACAGUGAUCAGCCAGGAAAGAGUGUUCUUGGGGACCAUGUUACAGGAAAGUAGCUAAAAAAACAAAAGGUACCUGGAGGUAAGAUGGGUGAUCGGGGCUAGAGGAAAAGACAGGUCUCAAAGACCUAAGCUGUUCUAUUCAGAGUAGAGUCAAGAUGUCAGUGUUACAAUGAUCUUUGUCCUAAGCAGGGGUAGGUUUUAUAGUGGAGAAAACCUGCUCACCACCCUCCACCUGGUGAGGGUUUCUGUACUUUCAAGUCCUCACCAUCAGGCUGGCCCCAAGCCUCCUGAACUUAGCACUGAAGGCUGGAUGACUUCCCAUGUAUGCUGGGAAGAAGGAGCCUCCUGCACUCACAGCAGGAAGGAAAGCAGGAGGUGAGAGCUUCUCUGAGCCCCUCAAAAGCCUGUCUCAUGAAAGUGAGUCUGUGCCAGGGAGUGACAGACAGCUCUAAGCAGCAGAAAGAAUUCAGCACUGGCCGGUGUUGAAUAAGCAAAGCUUGCUAAGGAGCAGCUGCUUCUAGAAGAGGGGGAACAGAGAAGGAAUAACUUCAGAUUUCUGGGAUUUUAAAGGUUUCCAAGUUUCCGAGUCAGUGGGGAUCAGGCAUUCCUAAAGAGGAUAGGACCUUUCUCUUUGCCUGCUCCCUUCAGGUAGAAAGAAGAUUGCUAGAAGUACUUCAGAGAAAAUCACAUUGGGCAAGGCAGUCAACACUCCCCAAAUGCACACCCAGCAAAAAUGGAAGGAACUUCUGGGGAGGUAUAAGUGAGUCUGACCUCAGACCAAAUGAUGAAGUAAGAAUUUCCUGUAGCUACAGCCUCCUCAGCCCUAAGCAAGGUGGGUUUCCUGGGGAGACAUUGAAGGGCAACUGUGUGGUCUUUGAUGUACUCUCCACACCAAGCAGCACAGCACCCUGUGGGCGCCAAUCUGUCUGAAUUUUCUCAUCUGUAGAAGGGGCAGGGGAGAGGACUAAGGCAAGAUUCUCAAUCUCAGCUCCAUGGACAGACUCCAUUGGAUCACAGUGUGGGGAGUGUUUGCUAAAUAUACAGAUUAAUAAUGGAGAGAGGUGGUGUAUGACUGCAAUACAAGGAGAGGCAGAGUAAGGAGGGCCAGGGCCAGUCUACAUUGACCCAAGCCUGUCUCAAACCAAAACCAAAGUGAAACACAACCACAAACCAAAAAACACCAUCCAACCCAAAAAGGACAGCUGGAAAAAGGACGAAUUUAUGAACCAUGAGCUCUUUUAAAUGUAUGCUAGAUAAUUCUCAGGGCCUCAGUUUGGAAAAUCUUUGUACUAGAAAGAUUUUCAGGUCCCUUAGAGAUCUCAGAUCCUGGAUCCCAUGUGUUUUGCUUGUUCUGGUAACUAUACUAUUUUUUAAUUCCUGAUGUCUUGGCACCUGUGAAUUCCACUGCCUCUGCUCUCUUCCAGCCAAGCUCCUGGGUUAUCUAGACUAUCUAGAUGUGUGAUAGAGAGGCUGUGACCCUUGGCUGCAACUGCUGAUAAUCUUCCUCCCAAGUCUCUCCAUCCCCCAUCCAAGGAUUCCCUGCAGCACACGUUCUCAUUUUCCUCUGACAAGGACUUUGAGCUUCCACUAAAUUCUUGUUCUAAAUAUUGCGUCUGUUUCCUUAUUUCUGAUCUGGUGUCAGUUGUGUAAGUUUGGUGAUUUCUAUACAUAAAAUAGCUCAAGAUACAGGACCAUGGGGUACACUCUGCUGAAGGCUUUGGGGCACCUGCAAGGGACCUCUCGCAGAACCAAAUAACUUUGGGUAGAACAGUAGCAGAACUCAUUUCCAAAGUUCCCCAGCCAGACAGGCUUUUCAGCCAACUUCCCUUUUUUGGUGUGUGGAGUGCUCAGAGGAGGGAUCAUGUCACCUGGAGCAGCCUGGGCAGGAGUAUGAAGAGGUAGGAUCUGAAAUGGUGGGGGAGCACAGAGAAGCACUCAGAAACAGUCACAGGAGAGAAAGCCCAGAGAGGGUUGGAGAGGCCCUGAAUGUGCCUUCUGUGCCAUAUCUGGCUGAGUGGGGUGAGCUGGAAAUGAGACUGGGGCAGCAGACUGGAGGGAGACUGUGAUUCCCAGAGUCAGGCACACCUGUCAGAGAGGGCUCAAUUGUACUGAAUAACAUUGGAAUCAGACAUGAUCACAUUACUUACAAAAGACUCAGAUUUGGGGACAACUUGAGCAGUGGAAGGGAAGCAUCAGUCCCUCCAACACUGAUGGUAUCCAAAUCUGUCUAGAUGAGCCAAGAGCUUUACUUGAAUGACCCCAGACUGGCUCAGAAAUACCUGUUUUCCAGUUUCCAAAAAGGAUGCUAGCUUCCAUAUCGCUUAUUGUCUCUAAGUUCUCUCAAAGCUGUUGAAUAAUUUUUCAGUUCUCAGGGUUUGCCUGUCUCUUUUGACUGUUGGAUCUCCUGGGAAAUUUUUCUGUCUGUAGUAUAAGUCACUGACUAGAAAUUCUUGGAGAAAAUUUACAUCUGUAGAUACUGAUCUCAUGGAAUAGAUGGCAAACCUUCCCUUAAUCCAUUUCCCUUGGAGCCCCUAAAAAGACAAAUCCAAGCACAUCCAGGGCUCCCACAGUGUAGUUCCAACCACAGGUCAGGAUGCUGUCUUUCUGAUGUCAUUCUUGAAAAUCCAGGUGUUAGCCCUAGAAGGAUUUGCACAACUGUACAAUGGACAAAUGCCUGCCUUGUCCCUUCCACCUGCCCCUCCCCUCAGAUCACACACCUACAAGUUCAGCUCUCAGGUAGAAGCCACUCCCUGUCACCUGUCACCAUCCUGCUCCACCUUCUUUGGACUUUGCCUGAUUUGCAGGUGGUUAUGUUCAUUUGCAGGAAGGAAGACAUGACUGAAGAAAUCGUGUUUGCAGCUCUUCCAGGGAAGCAUGGGAGGACGGAGGAUGGCAAGAGAUGAGGAAAGAGCCUGCAGUAAGAGGCCUUCCCUGCAAUGCAUCUUGGCCCCUGUCCUUGAGCUCAGGGAAAGGGGGCGGGGCUGCACAGAGCAGAGGGAAGUGCCUGGGAUGAAACAGCAGGAGCCUGGGACCUGCUUUCCUGGGUCCUGAACCUACUCUGGAUAUAGAGAUUGGCAAAUCUGAUCACCAGGUCAUCUGUGUUAGAACAAGGAUGCAGGGUACAUGGGGAUUCUCUUUAGGGAACACACCUUGGGCACAGAAGAGGGUAAGGACAGGAGGAAGGGGUCAGUUCUGGUCUAACCCCUCAAUAAUCACAGGACAAACAACCCCACAUUAUCUCCACUUUUGCAGAAGACAUUUAACAUUUAUACUGGGCAUUACCCUGAGUUUAUACAAGAAGCACGAGGUGGGCUAUAAUUCAACCCCAGUGUCUGGGACUGAGAUCUCCUGCUCUGACCCAGAAGUAUUGUCUCCCCAUCCUGCAUGGAUAGUAUUUGGGGGAACAUGAGAGUCAAAUAGGAAACAGGCCAGUCUGUGUGCACAUGACCAGACGCUGUGCAGAUGCCAAAGUUAAAAAGAGCACUUUCUGAAACCCUCUGCAAGGAGUGCCUGCGGGUGCGCAGGGACUCCACAAAUGCAGAAGGGAAAGACCUGGAGGAAGCCAGAGCUCAGAGCCCAGUGCGGAGGGAAGAUCUGGUUCACACCGGGAGGAGGGCGAUUGGACUACCUGUUCUUCACUUUUGUUCUUAGCAUGUCAACAAACCUGAGAACACGGUAUUCCCAAAGGAAAGUUGAUUUCGCUGACAUUAAGUUUGCAAUAUUUUGCCCUCAGGUCCAGAGGAGAACAUGCGGUCCUGGCAGGAGCCCCAGCUGAGGCUGGUCCUGGUAGGGAGGACAGGGGUCGGCAAAAGUGCCACAGGCAACAGCAUCCUGGGCCAGCCGCGCUUCCUCUCCAAACUUGGAACCACUUCUGUGACCACAACCUGUGCUGCUGCCAGACGGAGGUGUGCCAAGUGGCACGUGGACACCCCAGACAUCUUCAGCCCCGAGAUUCACAUGGACCCCGGGUGCUUGGAGAGAGCCCGCUGCUACCUGCUGUCGGCGCCCGGGCCGCACGCGCUGCUCCUGGUCACCCAGCUGGGCCGCUACACCGCCCAGGACCACGAGGCGCUCCGCAGGGUGAAGCAGAUGUUCGGGGACGACGUGAUGGCGCGAACCAUCGUGGUCUUCACGCGGAAGGAGGACCUGGGCGACGACUCUCUGCAGGAUUACGUGCGCUACACGGAGAACCAGGCGCUGCGGGAGCUGGUGGCCGAGUGCGGGGGCCGCGUGUGUGGCCUGGACAACCGCGCCACCGGGGCGGAGCAGGAGCAGGUGGAGCAGCUGCUGGGCUUGGUGGUGCGCCUGGUGAGGGAGCACCGGGGUGCGCACUACACCAACGAGGUGUAUGAGCUGGUGCGGGUCCUGUGGGGCGCGAACCCCAAGGAGCGGCCUCGAAGGGUGGCAGAGAAGUUGGCAGAGCACAUCCGGAGGCCCCGCUGUAUCCGGCUGCUAGCAAGGCUGUGGAAAUGGCAGAAAUUCCAUAGGAUGGGUUGGAGAUGGAGCGUGACAAUCUUCCUAGGUGUGGUCCUCCUGAUCUACCAACAGACGUCUGCCCCAGGCAGUGGGCGAUGGGAACGACAUAUGACUCAGGUCUUAGAUACUGUAAUUGCUGGGGAAGAAAAGAACCGAAUACUUACUGCGCGGGCACAACCAAGGGGAACUGGGGUAGGGGUACCUUACACAUACUCAAAAUUCAUUUUUACAUGA